AUGUCUUUCAACGUCCGAUCGAGCUCAAUCCUUCUAAACACCCUUCGUUGCGGACCACAGCCUCAAAAAGUAUAUUUCCCUUCCGUCCUCUCAUUCAAGUCGCCGAUCUCCUCAGUAUCAACAGCUCUUCACCGCUGCCAAUCCGUGUCUUUCGUGUUUGCACCCAGUCAUAAUGGCCAUGUGUCCAAGAGGCGGAGGCUGUCAUCCUCUUGUAGGGCUACUGCGUCUCUUGACAUUGGUCACAUAGAAGAGCCAGGUUCAGGGCGAGGAUCAAUAUUUGGCGGCGAAAAUAGCGAGGAAUCCGGCUCUGGGAUGUCCUCGGCCACGGAAACCAGAGGGGAGGUUGUACGGCUUCAGGGAGAGCUUGGCAGGAUGUCGUUACAAGACAAGUCCGAAUCGCAACAUCAGGUCUCUCCGAACGCAGGAGAUCAGAACAGUGGAGGCAAAAGACGCAUUGGACUGAGAGACUCGGCCGAACCUAGAAAGCAGAAGUCAGAGCCUUGGAAAACCCAGAAAGAUGCUUUGAAGAAGAAGUUUGGUGAAGCAGGAUGGAAUCCAAGGAAGAAAUUGUCACCAGACACCAUGGAAGGUAUCCGAGCCCUACACGAGCAGGAUCCAGAAAGAUACUCCACGCCGCUGUUGGCGGAGCACUUCAAAGUGUCACCUGAAGCCAUUCGUCGUAUCCUCAAGAGCAAAUGGCGGCCGUCUGAGAAGGAAAUGGAGAAGAAAAGAGAGCGGUGGGCCAAAAGACAUGACCGUAUCUGGGACCAGCAGGCAGAAUUGGGCCUGAGGCCGCAGAGGAGAAAGGAGAGAGCGCAGGAGGAUCCCGACGAGUUUGAAGAGAAGCUGAGAGCGAAGGAGAUGCUGGAUAAUGCGAGGAGUGCCUGA